CCUCUCUCUUGUGCGCGCGCAUUCUCUAUGGAAGCGGAUGGAAAAGGUGUGAAUGAAGAACUUGCAAGUGAUACAGAGAGAAACGGCGUGUGCUGUCCAACCAUGUCGGAGUCCAACAGCGUUAUGGCUUGUCGGGCCGAUCAGAAUGGAGCUGUUCCAGGGGAACAAGUAAAGAAGGACGAGAACUCCCGGAGAGGAAACUGGGGAAACCAGAUUGAGUUUGUCCUGACCAGUGUUGGCUAUGCAGUAGGACUGGGCAAUGUCUGGAGGUUCCCAUACCUCUGCUACAGGAAUGGAGGAGGUGCCUUCAUGUUCCCAUACUUCAUAAUGCUGGUGUUCUGUGGUAUCCCACUCUUCUUUCUGGAGCUGUCUUUUGGCCAGUUCACCUCUCUGGGCUGCCUUGGGGUCUGGAAGGUCAGCCCCAUGUUCAAAGGUGUGGGUUAUGGAAUGAUGGUGGUUUCCACCUACAUCGGAAUCUAUUACAAUGUAGUGAUCUGCAUUGCCUUCUACUACUUCUUCACGUCAAUGACCAACCUCCUGCCCUGGACGUACUGCAACAACCCUUGGAAUACCCCUGACUGUAGUGGGGUGGUGGGCACUCAUCAGGCUAAUGCUACCUUUGCUAACAUCACAGCUGUAAUGUCUGGGGUGACUGAGGUGGUCAACCGAACUAAAAGGACGAGUCCCAGUGAGGAAUACUGGAGGAACUAUGUAUUGAACAUCUCCGAUGGCAUAGGGAACUUUGGCGAGGUGCGUCUACCCAUCCUGGGCUGUCUGGCAGUCUCCUGGGUGGUGGUUUUCCUCUGCCUCAUUCGUGGGGUCAAGUCUUCAGGCAAGGUGGUGUACUUCACAGCGACCUUCCCCUAUGUGGUGCUGACCAUUCUCUUCAUCAGAGGAAUCACGCUGGAGGGUGCCAUCAGCGGAAUUAAAUACUACCUCACCCCACAGUGGCAAAAAAUCCUGGAUGCCAAGGUGUGGGGUGAUGCUGCCUCUCAGAUUUUCUACUCCCUGGGUUGUGCCUGGGGUGGUCUCAUUACCAUGGCAUCCUAUAACAAAUUCCAUAACAACUGCUUCAGAGACAGCAUCAUCAUCAGUGUGACGAACUGUGCCACCAGUGUCUAUGCUGGUUUUGUCAUCUUCUCCAUUUUGGGCUUUAUGGCCCACCACUUGGGAGUGGACGUGUCACAGGUGGCUGACCACGGGCCGGGCCUGGCCUUUGUGGCUUACCCAGAAGCCCUAACACUGCUGCCGAUCUCUCCGCUUUGGUCCCUGCUCUUCUUCUUUAUGCUUAUCCUGCUGGGCUUGGGCACACAGUUCUGUCUGUUGGAGACUCUGGUCACUGCUAUAGUGGACGAGAUUGGGACAGACUGGAUUAUCAGAAACAAAACCAUCAUCACUCUUGGAGUCGCCAUCCUUGGGUUUCUCUUGGGAGUGCCACUGACCACGCAGGCAGGAAUAUACUGGCUUCUGCUGAUGGAUAACUAUGCUGCCAGCUUCUCAUUGGUCAUCAUUUCCUGCAUUAUGUGUAUUUGCAUCAUGUAUAUUUAUGGCCACAGGAACUAUUUUAAGGAUGUGGAGAUGAUGCUGGGCUUCCCUCCUCCAAUCUUCUUCAGAAUCUGCUGGAGGUUCAUCUCUCCCCUCAUCAUCACAUUCAUCCUGAUCUUCACAGUGAUCCAGUACAAGCCCAUCACUUACAAUGACUAUGUGUACCCAAACUGGUCUCUGGUCAUUGGCUUCUGCAUGGCACUUUCCUCUGUGAUCUGCAUACCCAUCUACGCUCUCUUCAAAAUUGCCACAUCUGAAGGAGCCACAUUCUUAGAGAGGUUGAAGCACUCAGUGAAGCCAGAUGCAAGCUGGGGCCCAGCACUGCAGGAGCACCGCAAGGGCCGGUAUGCCACAGGGGGACCCGAGAGUGUGGAGGUGCGCCCCCUAAAAGAGGAGCUGAAGGAGAAGGAGCCUGAGAAGGAGAAGGAGCCAGAGAAAGAGAAGAAGGACGACAUCAGUCUGACCAUCCAGGGUAGCAAUGGCUCUACACUGAACCCCACACCCAGCGCAUAGAGACGGUCCGCCCCAACUGGCGCCACGUCCCAUUCCCCCCAUGCUGCAGCCCAAGGGCCAGGCCACACUCGCUGGAGACCUUUACAUAUUGUAAGGGCUUUAUUAUUUCUAACAUAUAGAGAAAUCGGUUGUCAUCCAAAACCUUUUUUUUUUCUUUUUAAUUUAAUACUACCUUUUUUAUGUUCAUAUGCAGGAAGCAUUUUAGGCAAACCCACUGUGCUUAGUACAUUUUGGGAUAUGUUAUACUUUUUCCUUCUGUGUAGAUUUAUCUGGAAACAUUACUUCUACUGCUGCAACAGCCGCAGUAGGUUUUGGCUUCUUGUGUGUACAGCGGUGACGGUGCCAGUCAGGUUAAAAGCUGAAGACCAAAUAUUCUUUGUCUGUAGUAAACACACCCCUAACAUACACAUUUCCUGAAACCAUGAAAUAUUUUUCUUUUUUCUUUUUAUUUUAUCCCAUUGCCAUGUCUGGAAUGUUCCACCACCCUGCCCUAUGGCUGCAUUGGUGCUUAUGAAUAGUUCCAACUUUCUUUUUUGUUAACAGACUGGAGUAUCACACCACUGUACCCACAGUAUACAUUAUUCUUAAAUGAACACAAACGGCACAAAGAAUAUUUUGCCUUCAGCUUUUAGAACAGCUAUUGAAAAAAAGUCAAGCCCAUUCUCAGGGUUGCACACAACUUGCUUCAAUCUUCCCCCCUAAUCCUUUCUCAGCAACUAGCGAUCAUUGAGUUUGGGUUAACACCAGAAUCUUUUUUAUUUACCUAUGAGAGUGUGGAGUAUUUCAGUGUGAGGAAUGAUCUAUAUGAAGCACACAAACUUUGACUAGUCUUCCAGUCAUUUUGACCCUAAAAUGCAUCUCACAUGUGAAAGGAGCAUUAUAGCGAUGAUGGGAGCAGCUAGUGAAGCUCCGCUUGUAGGGCAGUGACAUUGCCAUUAUAGUCUCAGUACUGUAGCGCGCACACGCAGACACCCCUGGGAAAAGUAGAAAAGUGGCAUGCACAUACCCUCUAAAUCCAAGGGGUGCUGCUGGAGUGUGUGUUUUUUAGUGUUUUUUUUUAUUUUUGUUUCUGUUUGUCCUAAUCACACUGAAAAACCUGCGCUUGUAACAAAGCGCUGAGCCAAGCAGUUGAACAAGAAGUACAGUAAAGUUGCCAAGGAGAGCGUUGCGUUAAACUGUCAUCCUUACUGAACUCAUUGAAUUAUGCAGUUGGUAUAAUUCAUAGGAUAGAAUCAUCUUUACUUACUCUUCACUGUUGUAUAGUAACAAAGUUAAUAGUCUUGUUUAUUUUGUAAAGAAGUAUCAUGAAUAAUCAUUAAUCAUUAAUGUUUACCAUUGCUCAUCCUUGACUUGAUUUUUUUUCAUUUUAUCUUUGCUCUGGCGAGAGAGGGAAGAGCUUGGGCUGAAUGCUUUUGAUUUUGCCCAGAUUGUCCCCUGUAGGCUUUUGUGUCUGGCUAUGGUCAUUAUGGCCAGUUCUAGUGAUAAGCCAACGAGGCCCCUCUCUUAUGACGUAUAGGUUCGCAGUGGCACAAAAGCAUGGAUAUGAUGUCCUGGUAACACUGCGAAUAUGUUAGGGAGUUUGCCAGACACCACUGGAGGAAGGGGGUGAUCUAGCAAUGCAGCUGCUAAAAGUGCUUACGCAUCACAUAUCGAUAAGUCUCUUGGGUUUGUUUCUCUUUUCACAGUAUAUAUUUGCUCUUCUAGUACCUGACUGUAUUACGACCAGUCAGCUUCCUUAGUAGUUGUCGUUUUGUAUAAUAAUUAAUGCUCAUUUUUUUCACAAACUGCAUCCUGUUGAAGUACAAAAACAAGAAAUAAUCUAACUAUUAAAAAAGCAACAAAAAAGAUCCACAAUAAAAAGAAAGCUUGCAGUGUAGCAGAAGGUGUCAGUCACUCAGGGGCAUAACCUUGGUAUUUGUGAUGUCAAGAAAGGAAAAAAGCACAAGUAUACCUGGUAGAACUAAAUAGAGGCAAGCUUGGCUUUACUCUGUAUAUGGUGUCGAAACAGGAUAGUGAAAACACAGAGCCAGCAUCAUGUGUGGUGCUGUCUUUAUUGGUCCUAGCACAACUAGUCAUCAGCAGCACUUUCAACCACUUCACUGUGGUAUGUUCUAGUUUGCAAAGUACAAGUCAAAAGUUUGGACACCUAACCAUAGAAGGAUCUUUCUUUUUUUCUGUUUUAAUUUUAAGGGUCAAUAUUAUGAGGUGGCAAAUAUAGAUGUUACUACUGUCAGAAAUAUUGGUCUUCUGCCAAAUCGGGCUACCCUACCUCAAACACAUUAACAAGGACAGACAUUUAACACUUUAACUUUUAAUGAAGCGAACACAGGAAACAUAGAAAUCAGGAUGAUGUAAUAAUUAUAGUUUAGCAUUUUCCAACAAUCUUUUAAGUAGGCAAAUGUCUAAAAUUCUGUAAAAAAAAAUGCCUAAGCUUCUACAACCCAUGGUUGGUUGUGUGGCCAAAUUUUUGACUUUGAUGUGUAGUUUUGUCCAUAUGAGUACAAAAAGUUGAUCCACGAUGACAUCACUGUCUGGCUUUUAGAUGUUGAUCGUGACACACAGAUUGCGAGGCUCGUACCAUCUGCCUCUGGGUUCUGCAAGGAGGAACACUCCUCCCUUUUCUUCUUCCCUGAACUUAAUCUUUGACUUGCAAUCUUCUAGCCUGCAGUAGUAGAGUUGAGAAUCAGUACUGUGCUUUUGCAACCUGGUCCUGCACUGUCCCCCUCUCCAUCACUGUAUUGUACAGUAAUGUAAAAAUAAUAAUAAUUGGACUGGUGUGUAUGUGUGUUUUUAUGGUCUUAUUGGAUCGGGGUGGGUGGGAGUUUCUGUAUCGUAGGUUGGGGAUAAAAGUUUGUGUGUAUUUUUGGUUUGUUUUUACUUUAUUCUAGUCUGUUAGCUGGUGUUUUCUGUGUACAAUGUGUUCUGUGUAGUGAAUAUCCUACUGUUGAUUCUAUGCUUAGUUUAGGAUAGUGCUUAGUAUUGAUGUCAUGCCAUUUUAAUCAAUAUGUAACUAUCCAUGUCGUCAUUUAACACAAAGAAUCAACCUUUGUAAGAGAUUUUGCUUUCGGUUUAUUUUUAUAGUACUAAAAACUGUAUUUUAUCUUCAGAUUUUAUUUUUUUUUUCUAUGUGUAUGCAUUGACACUACAUUUUUCUUUCUCGAGCUCCUCAAGCCAGCCAUUAUAAAAAAGUAUUGCCAAACUAACACUAUGGAUUGAAACUUGAAAUACAAAGGAAUGCUUUUCACAGUGUGUCUCACUGAAGGCAUACUUACUGUUGACGAAAAAGGACGAUCACCUGUUCCACAUUUGUUACACAGUAUGAAGCAGUAUUAUACCUCUACCACAGUAUUGUAAAUGCCAUUAGAAUGCAGUUUUAUGUAGCAUGCUGCAGUUUCCUUUGGGGAAAAUAUAUAACAUCUCUAUAACUCCACUCAUCCUGGUCCAACCUGAACACUGACAGCACACAUUGCAAUGAAAUUUUAAUUGUUUUAUCUUGAAAAUCAUGUUUAUUUGUCCAUUGACUGCAAGCAUUUUUAAAGUCAUGAAAGAAAAUUUGUAUAUUUUGAAAAGUUUGGCUUCAGCAAACUAAUGUCCAAGUAAACCCCAGUUAUUUGUAGUGCUUAAUGUAUUAAUGAAAAAUGACCUAUUAGUGUGAUAACAGUCUAGUUUUAUAACAGAAAGCAAGAUGUUUCUGUAAACACCCAAAGAGUCCACUGAAAUUUAAGGGGAUGAGUGGACUUUGUCCUAAAUAACGUCUAGCUCUGAAAUUGUUCAUAGUAAUGAAGGUUAUCACAGUAACCUCUUACAAUUGGAUUGUUUAUUGCUGAUUAAGUUGAAAUGACCCUAAACGUUUCAUUGGUGGCCCUGCAAAAGCAACUGAGCUGAGAUAGACAUAUUCUUAAAAAAGUGAUACUUGAUUAUCCAUAUUUUCCUCAUGUACACAUCAACACACAAUUAUUUUCAUUCUCCUUGACAAUUAGCUGAACAUGUUUUUUGUGGGUUCGUCAACUAGAAAUGCACCUUUUGGACAGUGACAGUAAAGCUUAACUAAAACUGUGAAUUUCUCUCUGAUUCUCUGCAUUCUUUUGGAGAACUUUCAUUUCUGAAUGAAGCACCAUGCAUUUUUGUGUUAUUGCAGCACUUUAUGGUGUCACUUUUUAUGAUGUUUAAAAGCAACAGGUUUUACUGCCUCCUCUCUUGUUCGAUUUCUGCAAUAAAAUGAAGGGUUCAUGCUUUGGCAAAAGGUCAGUGUCCACUACUGUAUGAGUAUUUGUCCAGGACAUGUACUCAAUGUGUUAAAAAAAAAAGAAUGUGAGGUCAGUGAGAGUGAAGCACAAUGAAAUGAACGCGGUACGUUCUAUCAAACAUAUCUAACCAUGUCUUUGGAACCUUAGGGC